ACACAACUUUGAGCAGUUUUUUAUAGAAUCGAGACCGCAACGAAGGAUCAUAUACUAUACUCUGGCUCCAUGAGAAUAAUCAUUGAUAUUAUGGCCGCGGGGUUUUAUUUCCUUCACGCCUAUCCUAAAGACUCUGUACUCAGAAUGGAACUUCUAGGCGUCCUCAGAUUGUUAUGCUUACUUGUAGCAAGUGUGGUAGCUACAGGCCCUGUUCCCCUCCAAAAGAGCGGACUUGCCGGCAUCGAUGGCUUCGAAUUCUACGACUUUUAUUGUGCGCAUGCCUGCUACCGAUCAUUCUCGCCUUUCACUUUAUCAUGCUCCAACACUAUCGAGGAGGGCGGCCAUACGACCGCCGACGACCUUGCGCAUGAUAUACGCGCCUCGUGCAUUGAAAAGUCCUGGGAGACGGAGAUUACUGGAGAUGUGUCUGUCACACCGCAAUGGAGUUAUGGGGAAACUAUGAGUAAGAUCGUGGAGCCUCCUUUGCGUGUGCUUACUGGAGAAGGCAUGUUGAAUGAGACGGUGCUUACGACUAUGGCCGUGUUCACCGAUACGGAAAACACAUUGAUAUACUACUUUCGCGAGACUGCUUUGGAGUCAUAUUUCGGACUCGCAAUAUGUGUGGCCAUCUUUGCCCUUCCGAUUUUACUUACGUGGAUGGACUAUCUCCCAUUCAUGACUCGCGUACGAGAAAGGCUCCAGCCACAACUUUGGCCAAGCAUCAUUGGCACAUAUCAUGAACGACCACUUCCUUACUUCAUUGGAAAUGCUCCGACCAUUGGCCAGGCCCUAUUCAUUCUUCUCAUGGUCAUUCUAAACGGCAUCUUCAUCUCUGUCGACUACAAGACCUUGUACCCAGAGCGGCUUAUGCAGUGGUACGAGAAUCAUUACCAGGAACUCAUGUUCUACGUCUGCCUUCGCGCUGGUGCCAGUGCCUUUUGUCUCACACCGGUUAUGUUUUUGUUUUCAAGUAGGAAUAAUAUCCUCCUUUGGUUAAUUGAUUAG